UAGCAAAGUAUGUAUAAAUUUUUGUAUAAGAGACUAACUUGAGAUGUAAACUUGCACUUAAGCUACAACAAUAAACAGAAAAAAAAAAUUCUUGAAAGCUCCUCUUUCCAAAACUGCUUCCCAUGUGACCAAGGAUAAUUUUAGCCAAUUUUGAAUUGUGAAAGUAGUUACAGUAGUUUCUUAUUAGCUGUAUACCAAUAAGGCAUAGUCACUGAAUAAAUUCUACAACUGUGUGCCAUUAUCUGUCAUACAUAUUACAGGUUAGUUAGAAUAUAUUUUUAUCUAUGUAUAAUCUGUAUUAUUUUUCAAGGAAAAUGUGGCCAAAAGCAGUUUUUGAUGUCCUGUAGCAUGUUACUAUUUUAUGUGCUAGUAACUGCUUUAUCAUAAAAAAACCGAACAAAAAUAAAUAAAUAAAUACAUAAUUUUUAAAAAGUGAAACCAAAUAUCUGUUAACCUCAAUGUAAGCCAUAUGGCAUAUGUGAACUAAGCUUUCAAGACCUACUUUUAAAGGGGGCCAAUUGGUCAUCCUUCAGGUCCUAAGGGAGGGCAUGCCACAGGCUCCAGGCCACAGGGGCAAAGACAUGGACCCCAUCCCAACUGCCCCUGCCAGCCCCAAGCACCACCAGGCCCCUUUUCAUGGACUUGUGAGGGUGGGAUGGUAUGUAGAGAGCCAGAAGGUCAGAAAGAAGAAGAAGACGACCUCACAGUUGACACCUCAGCGGGGCUUUAGUGAAAAUGAUGAUGAUGACGAUGAUGAUGACUCAUCUGAAACUGAUUCUGAUGAAGAUGAUGAUGAUGAAGAGCAUGGAGCCCCUCUGGAAGGAGCGUAUGAUCCUGCAGAUUAUGAGCAUUUGCCAGUUUCUGCUGAGAUUAAGGAACUCUUCCAGUACAUCAGUAGGUACACACCUCAGCUGAUUGACCUGGACCACAAACUGAAACCUUUCAUUCCUGAUUUUAUCCCGGCUGUUGGGGAUAUUGAUGCAUUCUUAAAGGUCCCACGUCCUGAUGGAAAGCCUGACAACCUUGGCCUGUUGGUACUGGACGAGCCUUCUACAAAGCAGUCAGACCCUACAGUGCUCUCACUUUGGUUAACAGAGAAUUCCAAGCAGCAUAACAUCACGCAACAUAUGAAAGUAAAGAGCUUGGAAGAUGCAGAAAAAAAUCCCAAAGCCAUUGACACAUGGAUUGAAAGCAUCUCUGAGUUACACCGUUCUAAACCCCCUGCAACUGUGCACUAUACCAGGCCUAUGCCCGAUAUUGACACACUGAUGCAGGAAUGGUCUCCAGAGUUUGAAGAGCUUUUGGGCAAGGUGAGCCUUCCCACUGCAGAGAUUGAUUGCAGCCUAGCAGAGUACAUUGACAUGAUCUGUGCCAUCGUAGACAUCCCUAUCUACAAGAGUCGGAUUCAGUCCCUCCACCUGCUCUUUACCCUCUACUCUGAAUUCAAGAAUUCACAGCACUUUAAAGCUCUAGCUGAAGGCAAGAAAGCAUUCACCCCUCCAUCCAACUCUACCUCCCAAGCUGGAAAUGCAGAGACAUUAACCUUCAGCUGAGACACCUCUCAAGUCUGUCUCAAGGCCAAGCUGGGUCCCUUAUCCCAGCCGAGAACAAGAGAUCAUAUCAGCUCACCUGGCUUCCUUGUGAGGCUCUGCUUGACACAGGGACAAUGCACUUUCUGCUACCCUCUGCCAGAGAGCACUGCUGGCAGUGCUGGCUUCUGCCUGUCUCUGAUUUCCUUCCCCUGGCAGUUACACAUCUUCACCACUGUGGGGAUUUGAGUUAGAAGAAUUGGAAUUUCUGGGAUCGUAAGGAGCUCAGUUUGGGAGGAAAGCUUAAAAGCCAUUCUUUUUGGGUGGGGAUGGAAUUAUUCUCUUUCAUUCUUAAUGUUAGUUGGCAAAGAUUUUAUAAAUAAAAUGUUUUCAGGUUAUCCUGCUCUUCUGUAAUAUAAAAGAGAAAAUGCUGACUCAGCACACGGCAGAGACAAGGGACUUGGCCUAGUAAUGGGCAUUAAGUGAACAACAGUUUAAGUAAACCAACUCUGUGAAAUAAAAUCAAACCCUAAUCCUCCAAGGUUGGCAGUAGAGGGGGAAUCAUUUUUCUUCCAGAAUUAAAUUUUUUGACAGGUCUCUCACCCAUUAAUGCUGCCUGCCUUACAGGCUACCUCCCUGUCUAGCUCUAGGCCUGUCUGGUUUGGUCUCAGGGAGCCUAGCUAUUGCAGUCAUCCAGGUGAGAGAUGAUUGUGGCUUGGGGUAGGGUGGUAGUAGCAGUGGACAGAUUUGGGAAAUCUUUUGGAACUUAUAUCAGCCAAGCUCCAGUCAAGAAGUCAAACCAUGCUAGUUAUUUCUAACAAAGGGUAUUUAAUGUAGGAAAUUGGUUGCAGAAGUGUUGAAGGGCUGAAGGAGCAAAAGGGA